AUGGAGUCAUGUAGAGAUCUAACAUAUUAUAUGGUUAUCAUAAAUGGGGAUAUAGAAAUUGACUCACAACUUUUGGGAACAUCUCAAAAUACUCCUAUGUCAGUUUCUGAUUCUCCACCUCAAGUUGAAAAUGCCUCUUCUAUAAAAGGAAAAUGGGGCUCUAACUUUAGUGUAGAGGAAGAUCAACUCCUAGUGUCAACAUGGCUCAAUACUAGUGUUGAUGGCAUACAUAGUAAUGAACAAACACAAAAUACAUUUCAUCAAAAAGUUUGGGAAUACUUCACGCAAUACAAUACAUUUGGUACCAUACGUACUGCUAUCUCCUUGAUAUGUCGUUGGGGAACGAUUAGUGAAAAGACAAAUAAGUUUUCUGGGUGCAUGGCUAAAGUUAACGCACAUCAUCAAAGUGGUAUAACCGAACAAGAUAAGAUUACCAAUGCGAAGGCUUUGUAUAAAGAGACCUUCAAGAAACCCUUUCUUCUUAAACAUUGUUGGCUUAUGUUAAAGGACCAACCAAAGUUUGCCAAUCCUAAUGGAAGAUCGAGAGCAUUCGUGCCUCCAACUCUGGAGUCAACAUCUAUUAACGAAGGGGAUUGUGGGUUCGAACUUGGUGACACUUCCAAUUUUGAGAGGCCAAUUGGUAAGAAGGCCGAAAAUGCCAACCAAAAGAACAAAGUCACUGGAAAAGAUGUUGGGGAAUAUUUGAGCAAGAAAUUGAAAUUUAUUGUGGAGGUUGCAUCCAUGAAUUGCUCUUUGUUUCACAAGUUGCUUCUUGAUGACUCAGAUGAGGAUGAGAUAAUCGAAGAACUUAUAACUGCUACACUUAGAAUGCUUGCAUAUGGAGUUUCGGAUGAUUUGAUAGAUAAAUAUGUGCGGAUUGGAGAAACUACUGCAUUAGAAAGUUUGAAAAAAUUUGUUACUACGGUAAUUGAUGUUUUCUCUAGGGAAUACUUGAGAAAGCCAAAUAAUGAUGACAUUGCUAGACUGUUAGCUCAUGGCGAAUGCCGAGAUUUUUCAAGUAUGUUAGGUUCAAUUGAUUGCAUGCAUUGGAAGUGGAAAAAUUUUCAAUCUGCAUGGAAAUGUCAAUAUUGUGAUCAUAUUCGUGAGCCUACUAUUAUUUUGGAGGACGUGCUCCUGCAGUACAUGCAUUACUCAAUCAAUGAUCAUGACUACACAAUGAGAUAUUACCUUGUUGAUGGCAUAUAUCCAAAGUGGGCAACAUUUGUGAAAACAAUCCCAGCUUCACAAGGACAUAAGCAAAAAUUAUUUGCAGCAACCCAAGAGGCGUGUAGGAAGAAUGUCGAGCGUGCAUUUGGAGUGCUUCAAGUACGUUUCGCAAUUGUUCGUGGACCUGCACGAUUUUUCCAUCUUAAAACACUCCAAAAGAUCUUGAAAGCGUGCAUAAUUCUCCAAAACAUGAUUGUUAAAGAUGAGCAGGAUGAUAAUGAAGUGGUAGACUUGGAUUAUGAACAAAUUGAUGGAGUGGAUAAUCCUCCUAUGCAAGUGUUACGUGAACAAAGUGAUGGAUUUAUGUCAUACAUUGAGAGGUAUGGACGCAUUAGAGACCGAGAAAUUCAUUUUCAACUCCAAUUAGACCUCAUUGAACAUUUAUGGCAAUUGCAAGGCGAGUCGUAG